AUGCCAGCCAAGACACCCAUCUACUUAAAGACAUCCACACCAAAGCGAGGGAAGAAGCCCAAAAUACGGGACGUUUUAUCAGGCGACAUGAUAAGCCCACCGCUGGGUGAUGUGCGCCACAGUGCCCAUGUUGGGCCGGAUGGAGAAGGGGACAUGUUUGGUGAUGUUGGGUUCUUGCAUGGCAAACUGGACAUGCUUCCAGGCCUCAAUCAAGCGCCCGGAUCUCGUUCUCACAGCAUCGACAGAAGAAUGGAUGAGAUCUUCGACGUGAGCGGCAAAAGUCACACUUACCACCGAGGCCACCAUAACUCACUCCUCAAAACCACCAUCUCCAUGCCUGUGUUCAUGGCGCCUGUGCAGCCUCCUCCUAAACCUCCACGUCUGCAUUUAGAUGAGCAGCCAUCUCCUGUUCACCACCAGCAGCAGAAUCACCAUCAUAGCCCACAGCAGCAGCAGCGCUCCAUGUCUGUGUGUGAGGACGGGAUUGGGAAAUGUCACGAGCUCACCCUGUCGGCCUCAAUCCCAGUCCUGCCACACAUGAUGCCUUCCACUGGCUCCUUAUCCGAGGCUUCAUCAGACGACUCCAUGUCUGAAGGCUGUGGUCCGUUAGAUCCGAAGCGAGGCUUGAGUCUGGACUCUGAUGCGGGACUCAGCAAUGAGGACCUUCGGAGCGAACACUGCGAGUCUCCGGCUGUCUCUCCUAGCAUGUCCCGCUCGGAAUCUCUAAUGGGUUUAGACCUGGAUUUGGGGCCAUCCAUUUUGGAGGACGUUCUUAGGAUCAUGGACCGUUAUAAGAGCGUAGAGGAGAGACAUGAGAUAUAA